GUGAAUUCAAUCAAAUUAUUUUUUAUUCGCAUUGUUUAUCUCUUCUUUUUUACUUUUUGUUUUCAUUUAUUCAAGUACUCAAUCAAUUUCGCUCUCUUGAUUAUAUCGAGAGGCACAUAAAAUAUAUCUAGCUAGCACAACUACAUUACACUCUAUUCCACGAGAAUCAAUGGCGCCUGGGAAGGGAAACAAACAAGAAAAGGCCGCCGCCGCCCAAAGCAAUGUUCUAGUGGCCAUCGUUCUGGCCGACUCAUUCGAUGACUUGUUCCAGCCCUUGUCGUUCAACAAGCCGCGCUGUUUGCUGCCCCUGUGCAAUGUCCCGAUGAUCGAGUACACACUCGACUUCUUGGCCUCCUCGGGUGUCAAGGAAACAGUGGUCGUUUGCAAAUCGCACUCUCAGGCCAUCGAGGCGUAUAUCAAGCAAUCAAAGUGGAUGCGCGCCCACUCUCCGAUGAAAAUCAAAAUCACCAUCGUGCGAAAGCCCAACUCGCUCGGCGAGGCCCUGUGCGAAAUCGAUGACACGCCUUUUGUCUCUGACUUUAUCUUGUGCACAGGCGUUGUCAUCUCUAACAUGGACUUGUCGCAGCUGGUGAAAGCGCACAUGGCCAACAAGCAUAAGGACCCUGAACAAGUCAUGACUAUGCUGUUACAAGAGGCUACGCCGUCCCACCGCCUCCGUGACAAGAGCGAGGAGUCCGUGUACGUCAUCAACCCCAGAACAAACAGGCUGUUUUCGCUCGACUCCGUCUCCUCGCUGCCCAAGACCAAUGAACUAGAUAUCCCAAUCAGCGUUAUCACGGAUAACCCCGAGGUCGAAAUCCGCGCCGACCUUAUCGACACCAACGUUUACAUUUGCUCUCCCCUCGUGUUUUCGAUGUUCAGAGAUAACAGCGAUUACCAAACUGUGCGGCGCGACUUUAUCCACUCCAUCUCGACCUCGCCCCUGGAGAGCGGUAUUUUGAACCAUGAUCUCGCGUACGUGAGCCACAGUGGCUAUACGGCAGGCGUUAUUGACACGUCAUCAUACGACGCCAUUAGCCGCGACCUGAUCGCAAGAUGGGCAUAUCCGCUGUGCCCCGACAGCAAUCCAGCUGACGAAACCGCGUAUAGCUACAACCGCGGGGCCGUCUACAAGGCAGACUCGGUGGUUCUUGGGCGCGAAAGCCGCGUGGAGCAUCAUGUGAUGCUCGGCUCCAACUCGCACGUGGCUGACUUUGCACAGGUUUCGGACUCGGUUCUGGGCACAAGCUGCCGUAUCGGCGAGUUUGCUACGGUGCGCGGCUCGCACCUGUUUAACGAGGCCAAGAUCGGCAAGGGCUCGGUGGUUGAGCGGUCGAUCAUCGGCGAGCGCGUGAAUAUCCUGGAUAAUGUGUUUGUCGAGCGCGGGUGCAUCAUUGGAGAUGACGUGACAAUUGGGCCCAAUGUCCGGGUCCCCGAGUUUACUCGUAUUGCACGCUGGCUGCCCCAGGAAAACGGCGACGACUCUUCCGAUUCAGAGAACUAUGCGUCGUCCGAUGACGAGUCUGGCUUGGACUCCGACUCGGACUCGGACGAAGGCAACGGUAAAGGCACUCGCAACACGCGCACCAGCGGCUCGGCCGACGAGAGACCCACCGCAGCUUCGGCAGCGGCGCCCGGCACUACUGGCAACGCUUUGGAGCUCGAGUCCUUCGACCUGAAUCUCCAUGAGCUCCGGCAGUCGAUCAAAUGCUCGUUUGAAAGGGACUAUGACGUUGGCGUCGCGGGCUUUGAAAUCAACAAUCUGCGGUUCACAUUCAAUGGGUCGCAGGAGGACAUUCGGCGAAUUGUCACCCAGGAGAUUCUCAAGUCCAUCGACGUGAGCGCGCUGCCUGGCUCGGCCGAGCACGUGGUCUCCAGGUGGGGCGAGCUGAUCAAAAGGACGGUAAGCAGCAACCUCGAGCAGGUCAAUGUGGUUGACAUUGUCGAGCGGUUCUGUGCUCUCGACAGGUCCCUCGAGGAGAGCGUGCGCAGCCGUCUCUUUUUGCUUGUGUUGCGCUUUAUGUACGAGCUUGACAUUGUCGAGGACAUGGCCAUUGUCUACUGGUACAACAAGGCGUCUGAAAAGGCCGACGGCGACGACGUCAGCCAGGAUCUGGUGCAAAAGAUCGCAACAUUUGUCGAGUGGCUGGAGGAGUCCAGCUCCGAGGACGAGGAGGGCGAAGAUUCUGGCUCCGACGAGGACGAGGACUCUGACUAG